CCGGAAGUGGCGCGGCCGGCCGGAAGGCGAUCGCUGCCGGGGCGUCUGGGCUCUGCGGGCGUCUGGGCUCCGCGGGCUGCGUCCGGCCAGGAUGGUGUGCGAAAAGUGUGAAAAGAAACUUGGUAGAGUCAUCACUCCAGACACGUGGAAGGAUGGUGCCAGGAAUACCACAGAAAGUGGUGGAAGAAAGCUGAACGAAAAUAAAGCUUUGACUUCAAAAAAAGCAAGGUUUGAUCCAUACGGAAAGAACAAGUUCUCCACUUGCAGAAUUUGCAAAAGUUCUGUUCACCAGCCUGGCUCUCAUUACUGCCAGGGCUGUGCCUACAAAAAAGGCAUCUGUGCAAUGUGUGGGAAAAAAGUUUUGGAUACCAAAAACUACAAGCAAACAUCUGUUUAGUAGUACUGAUGAUGUUCCUGGCUUUCUGUAUGAUUUUCUGCUUUGAAUUGUCAAAAUAACUUAGAUGCUCAAGUUACAAAAGAAAACAUUUUAUGACAAUUAUGUUUUUCCAGGGUACUUGAUUGAUCUUCAUUCUUUUACUCUGAAGAAGUUGGGAAUAGUUGCAGUGUAAAGUCUCUGCCUGAAAUCAUUUUCCCUCAAAAGCAUUUUAUUGGACUGGAAAGAGUGGCAGAUUUAACAAAAAGAAAUGUUGUCAGUUCUGUAUGCACUUUUUAUUUAAUAUUAUUCAUAUAGUUCUUAUCUUCUCUAUAGCUAAUGCAAAAGUCAGGAUAUUGUUGGUCUUUUGCUUUGAAUUUGGCAUUUAGAUCUAUAAUUUGUCCUUACCCUAGUUGGUUGAGUGGUCCUUCGAAUCAGCAGGGGUUUGGUUAGUUGUAGUUUUAUGGGGUAUUUAAAUAUCUGAGACCGUUAUUACCAAAUGGUUUUACAGUUAUUACCUUGGACCCAGUGAAACACGUUAUAUUAAUUAACCUUUAAAAUUUGUUCUUGAAACCAGAGUGCCAGUACCUUUCAUAUUGGUAUCAACAAGAAAAUAAAGGAUGCCUAAGUGAAUGCACUGGAUUUUUAAAAAAAUGUUAUGUGUAUUACCUUAAAUUCAAAAUAUCUUGAUAACUAGGAGGACAGUGUUCUUCCACGAUGAUGCAUAAUGAAAAUUUAUCACCACUCUCUGGAAAAGCUCUUUUAAACAGAACCUAAACUUAUAUUUUACCUCCUCCUCUACGCCUUUUCAUCCCCCCCCCCCCCCAGAGAAAUAAAUAGAUAAAGAAAUAAAACAAAUAUUUUGAGUCUUUUCAAAUAUAUAAUAAACUACUAAGUUUAAUGUUUCAAACUAAGAUUGUUCCUUUCUUGCCUUUAGGGAUUUAGAAUGUAGACCUUUAAAACCUAUUUUGGAAAACCAAAAAUGUGUUCAUAUAACCAAGUGCAGUAUGUUUGAGUGUGUAUCACAGUAAUAGAAUGGACAAUAUGGUCUGCUUAGUAUUCUUUACUCAUAUUUGUCCUAAAUUAUUAUAGAAAGUUUUUAACAUUUUAACUGUUUAUCUGAAGGUUUUCAAGUGUUCUUCUAGGAUGCUUUGUUAUUAAAAGAUCACAAAAAUACUGCAAAAUGGAAUAAAUAGCAAUGGCUCUGAGGACAGGAAGCAUUUUCUCGUGUGUAAAUCAAUUUUGGAUUUUUGUUUUUUCCAAUUAAAGUCAGCCUAAGGGCCUGGAGAGAUAGUACAGAGGUUAAGGACCUUGCCAGAGACCCUAGUUCGAUCUCCCAUCACUACAUUUGGUCCCGAGCACAAGGAGAGAUCACCAAGCACAGAACAAAGGAGUAAGAAGCCCUGAGCACUGCUGGGUGUAGCCCAGACAUGCCGCCCCCCCCCCUUAAUGUAACUUAAGGGGGCAGUAAAGAAUUUAGAUAAACAGUGGUCCAGAUCCCCUAGAAGUUGGUUUGUUCAACUUUGGGAAAUGUACAUUUGUUAGGUAUUAGCUAGGAUUUGUACCUAAAGAAAGCUCCCAAAGCAAACAUGAACUUAAUCCAUAAAAACAAUGUACUGAGAUGACAAAAUUAAGGCCAAACUUAGCAUUUAUCAAAAUAAAUGUAAAAGUAAUAAAAUACAAAUUUUUCAGAAUUUCAGAUUGUGUUUGGCAAGAUAAUACAACAGACUAGAGCAUGCGCUUUGCAAGCAGGAGCCUCGGUUUGGUCCCCGUGCCGGAAGUGACCCCAAGCACUGAGCCAAGAGUAGCCCCUCAGUGCUGCUGGCUAUGGCCUCAAAACAAACCUGACAAUAGACUCUCACUUGAAUAUCUAUAUGAGCAAAUACUAAUAGAACACUCCUGGAUACUGAUCAUUAGAAGGUACAGCUGUCACGUGCAUAAGAAUUACGUAUGCAGGCGUUCUGCGUGUUUAAGGGAAACGGAGGCUUUUAGAACUGUGGCGUGGAAUUGGAGGUGGAGGGGACUGUUUAUAGUGGUCAACCGCCUAACACCUUACCUGGGGGAGCUGGAGAAUACUAACUGUAGUAUCCUAUAUGUAUAUAUAUAUAUGUAUAUAUGUGUAUAUAUAUAUGUACACACACAUAUAUAUGUACACACACAUAUAUCUGCACGUCUGUGUAUUUGUUUUGAGCAUUUUAAGAAAUGUAGACAUCUUUUUGCACUCUAACAUCUGGAUUGCUCCUCAUCCUUGCUCUACCAUAUUCUCUUUCUGCAUCCUUUGACCCAUUUGAGACUCUGUUGCACACACUGAGAUUUCUGUUGCUCAGGGCUCACUCCUGACAAGCUCUAGAUCCCAUGGAUCAAACCUGAAUCAGCCAUGUACAAGACAGGCACCCUACCUGCUGCACUAUCACUCUGGCCCCUUUACUCUGUUCUUUAAUACAUUAAUCAUUUGUCAUUCAUUACCACAUUUUCAGUACAAUUACCAAAUUUAUAAAUUGAGCGUUCAAUACUUUCACCUAGUCUUUCACCUAAAAACUUCCUCAUUUUUAUUGCCCUUGUUUUUAUUUCUCAUUGAUGUGGCAUUGGAUUGGAACAUCAUAUAGGUUCCAGGGAUGCAUCAUUACUAAUUAAUUAAUUAUUACACCAUGAUCACCUUUCCUGUUACAGUUUCAUCUGUGCCCUUGGUAAUUUUUGUCAGCUGAGCAGCCAAGAGUGUAUUCCUCAUUAAAAUAGUUCCUUCCUUGA